GCUACUUGCCCAGGCUUCAACCGACUCCCAUUCCGAUUUAUCCAAAUCUGGAGCCACAAAUUUCUUUACAUUCCCCCUGAAAUUCACUUUAAUCGUAACAGGUAGCCCCAUGGCUGCUUUUUGUGAUUAAAUAAGGAGAAUCAUUGAAGAUUAUAGUGGACAAAACGAGUUCUCGCAUUCGCCAAUCCUCUUGUUUACAUCGUCAGCUGAAAAAUACUGUUUCGCGUUCAGUGCAUAAAUAUGCCGCGUUCAAAACAACUGGGAACUCUGAAAUAUCUUCAGUACGUUCACGAUAACCGGGAACUCGGAAAAAACGACUGGGAACAGGUGUUUGAACGGUCGUCUAACUCGGAAUUCCAAGUCGAGAACGGGGGAAUCUUUCUAGAAAUCGAUCACCGACGUCACGAUCUGACUUAGUUUUUUUCCUUGUUCCCAUUUGUCUUGAAAGCACCAUUACUGUGCAUGCGUGUUCGUAUGUCAUGUUGUCUCAUGUUGAAUACCUCAUUUUUAGGCAACAAUUGUGGCUGACACGUUUAGUCCCAAAUUGAGGACAAUCGUAUUUCUGCCAUUUGUGGUUAAAGAAGAUGAAUUCACUCCUCAAGGUGGACAAUGAACUUAAUCUUAAGGUCGAUGUUUUCAGACAACGAAUUACUGGGGAGGCGGAGAACCUAGUUGCAAGUUUUUUCCCAAAUAAGUUAUUGGAACUUGACCAUUUUCUCAAGGAUCCCAUUUUAAACAUCUGUGAACUUAAAGAGAUACACUCAGAAAUCAACUUGACAAUGCCAGGCCCCAUUCUACUCUCAAACCUCCACGAUGGACUUGAAGCGCAAAGUGCCAAAAAGAGGAAAAUGGAAGAUGGUACUGGGGAGGACAAGGUGGCUGGCACCAAGGUCUUUAUCAUGCCUAGUGGGAUGAUGAAGAGCAACACCAAGCUGGUGGACUUGAUCGAGAAGGUCAAGCCAGAGAUCAGGACACUCAUAGAGAAAUGUAACACGGUAAAAAUGUGGGUUCAGUUGCUUAUCCCAAGAAUAGAAGAUGGCAACAACUUUGGGGUUUCAAUUCAGGAGGAGACCGUAGCUGAACUCCGAACAGUGGAGGGGGAAGCAGCGUCGUACCUCGACCAGAUAUCUGGAUACUACAUCACAAGAGCAAAGCUAGUGUCCAAAAUAGCAAAAUACCCACAUGUGGAGGACUACCGGCGCACAGUGACGGAGAUUGAUGAGAAGAAAUACAUCAGCCUCAAGGUCAUAGUUUCAGAGCUGAGAAAUCAAUACGUAACGCUAUACGACAUGAUCUUGAAGAACAUUGACAAGAUCAAGAAGCCUAGGAGCAGCAAUGCUGAAGCAUUGUACUGAGACUGACUCAGCCACACUUCCCGUUCCCUUCUUCUGCCAGCUGCCAAAGUAGCGGAAGGACUAGAGCUCGACCAUCACUACCAGAUCAGUACAAUCCAGGAAACCAUGGUCCCGGUAUAUUUUCGUUUGAUUGGUAAAAUAUGGUCAUUGUUUUAAAAUCCUUAGAGUAUGUUAUGAGGUCUCUCGACGAACCGUGAGCGAGCAAUGGCUCUGGGAAAAGAACGCUAUGUAUUUUUUUUAUUAAAUUAAAACCAUUUUGUCCAUG